AUGAAAGCGGCACGGCGUCGCAACCCCAGCUGGUUACCGAGCGCCGUCCUGCUGCUGUGCCUAUCGCCAUGGCUCGCCAGCGGCCAGGAUGAGCUGCCGACAGGGGCACCCGCACCGGCGCCAGCACCGGCACCGGCACCGGCACCGGCAGCGGUGCAGGCACAGGCGAAUAUUAAUGCAACCGGCGGCCAGAAGCUGGUCAUCUGCGUGGCGUCCUGGGAGCCCAUGGUCCUCUGCUCCUCCACACCCAACGGUGACAAUGUCACGGUGACGGGGCAUGACCCAGAGCUGGUGCGUGAGAUAGCGUACCGGCUGCGCCUGGAGGAGGGAGUGGAUUAUGAAUUCAGGUGUGACGACUUCAGCCGGAUGCUGCAAGACCUGGUGGAUCCCCAGAACGGCACCUGCUCGGCGGCCAUAGCAGGCAUCACCAUUACCAGCGAGCGGGAGGCAGCAGGCAUCAAGUUUGCAUCUCAUGCAUACAUGGAAAGCUCCCUGUCCGUCCUUGCGACCUCCAGGACCCCCAGCGGCUGGGCCUGGACCGCCCCCUUCAACUGGACCCUGUGGGUGGCGCUGCUGGGCACCUUGCUUGUCUUCCCGCCAGUGAUCUUCCUGCUGGAGUUUGGCAGCCUGCGCAGCCGCAUCCACAGGGGUGACGUCGUGCCUGGCUUGGUGGAAUCGGGAUGGAGGACCGCCCUCACCCUCAUGCUCUUCACGGACUUUGCCGUGACCUCCCUGGGCGCCCGCGUGGCGGUGCUGGCCUUCUGCUUCCUGGCCCUGCUGACCACCAGCACGUACACCGCCAACCUGGCAGCCUUUGUCACAGUCCGGUCCAUCACCUCCCAGAUCAGCAGCGUGGCGGACCUGCGGGGCCGGGCGGUGUCCACCGGCGUGCCUUACGUCGACCGCCUGCGCAAGUAUGGCGUGCAGGCCCGGCCCUUCACCAUGCACGACGCCGGGGACUUUGUGGCGGAGCGCGACCUGCUGUCGCGCGGCGAGCUGGCGGCGCUCAUCAUGGACGAGCCGGCCAUGCUGUGGGCGGCCGAGAACGCGCCCAACUGCGACGUGGCGGUGCUGCCCGACAGCCUCGACCGCUUCUUCUACGGCGAGUCACGCGUGCGCGACGCGGUGGUGGAGGCGUGGAGCCGGGAGAUCCUUGCUCUGCAGGAGGACGGAACCCUGCAGCAGCUCAACAACGUUUGGGUGCAAAGCUUGGGCUCUGCUGGGUGUGGCGAUGCUAACGCCUUGCAGGUAGUCUACAAAGAAGAGAUGGCCGUGAGUUUUGAGCAGAUGUAUGGCCUCUGGAUCAUUUUGGGUGGCGCCGUUGUGCUGGGGUUCUUCAUUAUGGCGGUGGUGCGGCGCCGCCGCCUCUACAGCAGCAGCAGCAGCAGCUCCGUUGGCCGCUCCCUGUCCAAACUCUGGCGAGCGCCGCCGCGCCUCGUGUCAGCGUUGACGCUGGUGACCAACAAGCGACGCGACAAGCAGCAGGCAGCGGAGGGGCGUGGAGCUGGUGCUAGCGAUGGCGCAGGGCCGUCAUCGCUCUCAGAAAAGGACAGCGGCGGCAGUCCUGGCGGCGACCUCGAGAGCCAGCCCUCGAUGGCGGCGACAGCAGCGGCCGACCCCGAACCCGCACAGGCACCAGCAGCGGUCCAGCAGCCGGCAGGGCCGGCUGGUGCCGCUGCUGCGGCAGCGGCAGGGGCAGCACCGGCGGGAGAUCCUCCAGGGGCGGCUGAGCGGCCCAGCGCCCUUCAGGUGGUCGAUUCGAUCUACUCGGCGUACCGCUGGCGGAGCCAGGCACUGGGCGGCAGGUAG